CUAGGCCACUGCUGCACUGUUAGAUAUAGACUUUUUGUUGGCAGUGCAGUACAUGUACCCAGUGCUGUGUGUAGCACACAUGUUUCCUUGCCUCACUUCUCUACACAAUGCAUGGGAAGAGCAUAUUUUGACAUGCUUAGCUCUACCAGCUGUGAGCUGCAUUGUUCAGCCCUUCCUGCUCUAAGCUGAACUCAUUCAAAGCAGCUCUGUCCAUGGUAAUCUGCUGGUUUGUGUCAUGCCUGGGCUUGGAAGCUGUCAAUAUGAUCUCUACAGGAAUUUAGUCUGCUGCCUGAAGAGUCCAGUGAUAUACAUUUGUAUUACUGCCACAUCUACAUAGAGGAUAAGCCCCUUAUGUCUGUUCUGUACUCAUGUAUGGAGGGUGGAAUUCCCCAUGGACUGAUAUUACACUCAUUUAAUCAUUACACCAGAAUGCUAAUUGCAGCUGAAAUACACCUGACAUUUGCUGCAAGCUGAAGAUCACAGUCUGGCUGAAAAAAGUACUCGGAGAUUUGAAAAACGUGUGUCCAUUAACUGGCUUAAUGAGUCGCAAAUCAAGAUACUAAAACUGGAGUCCAUGUUUUCGGCUGACAUUGCUUAAUGCCUGGAUUUGGAAUUGAUCUCGUUGACUUGAUAUAUUUAGCAUUGCCUUCCACAAAGAGUUGUUACAGUGUACAUCAGGUUGCUGAAAUAAACCCCAGAAACAUGGAUCCCCGGCAGACUGGCCAAAGUUCCUGUGACUGUCUGACAUUCCGCAUGGUGGGAGGAUGCUGCGAGAAUCGGCAUUGGCAUGCUGUCCUGAAGAAAUCUGGAACUGUCACUCUUCUGGACCUUGACAGACAGAAGCAAAGAGAUAUUGAAAUCCCAUUUAAGAAGAGCCAGUUGCUGCCCUCCAAAGCUUUGAAAAGAACUGAACUAGAACUUAUCAGUGUCAUUGGUGUUCAUGAUAAUGUUGUGGUGAUUCAGAUAUUUUGUCAAGAUGGCAGUCAUAUAGUUUUGUGUGAUUUUGUCAGAAUCCAGUCUCUAGCAGUGUACAAAAUACCAUAUUUAUCUCAAGGAAGGCCAUGCUUGUAUGAAUGUUUACUUAGUGCAGACAAAACUCACUUUGUCAUUAAAGUAUGUAUGCGUUAUGCCAUAUCAUUUUGUGUAGAAAAUUGUCAAAGUACUGUGAAGCUGGUAAAGAUAAGCCCAGAAACAAAAAGAUGCAAUGUGAUUGUUGAGUUUGAUGAUAACAUACAUGCUUAUACUUGUAUUUCAUUCAGCCCUCUUCACAGACACAGUGAACUUAUUCUGGGAACCACUGCAAGGUUCCAUGAUCAGGCACCUCAGCCCAAUAUGGCUGACACAUCCACUUGGCAACUCAUUCCUUACAGACCUAGGGAACAAAACUUUAUCCUGAAUCGAUACCGACUUGAUAAAAACAACAUCACACUGCUCAUAAGCAAAACUCUCACCCUCAUCCCAGACCAUGAAAUGGAAAUCAGAACAUCCAAUGAAGGAAUGUUUCUCUUGGUGUCUGUCAACCAAUCAAAUUCCAGUUUGUUGUUAGCUUGUGGAUAUGGUGAGAGAAGAGUGUUUGUGUUCCUUGUGGACACGCUCCAGCAGCUUGCUCUCUUUUCUCACGUGUGUUUAUCUUGGAGCUGUAACCUAUCACGCAUGUUACGUUGCUAUGGAAAUCUGACUGACUGUCUGGGCUCAGUCUGUGUUCUUCACCAGCUACUGUACAAAGCUGGCCACUUGGUCCAACCCCCAAUGUUACAAGAAAUCUGCAGGAAGGUGGUUGUUAAUCAAAUUUGGCCAGAGGACAUCUGGUCUCUGCCUUUGCCAACAUCCAUGAAACAUUUUUUGAUGUUCUUACCCAAAAUGGACUAG